AUGUCGUAUAGGGGCAAACAGAUAACGAAUCUGUCGCACAGAUCGUCGGUGAUGCAGAUUCACGGCCUUCAAAACUUCGUCGUCUCUCUCUCUCCUUUCUCUUGCGACGGCGAGAGGAUGACCUCGCUCUCCAUGAUAGCGAUUUUUAGGUCCUUACUAUAUAAGGCAUGUGGGAGGUUAGUGAACCCGAUUUAUGGGUCAGUUUGGUUGUUAUGGUUGAGGAGUGGGCAGCUCUGCCAAUCUGCUGUGGAAGCCAUGCUAAAGGGUGCGCUGAUUACGGCUAUCACCUCCAAAGCUGCGGCAAGCCACCAUGGACCACCUCUCAAGGCCUAUGAAAUUCGUCUUGUGUUGAAGGACGAGAAUUCAGUCGCGUCGAAAGAUCCCCACCGGGUCAAGACGAGAUGUCGUUUCAAGCGCUCCGUGAUCAAGCCGAGGUCGAGCAAGGUUAGGCGUGGUGCCGCUGAUGACUCGUCUCCGAACGUGAAGCUCAAAUGGGAUGGUGGGUGCUGUACACAGGAGUUGAACAAGUCAACCAGCCACGAGUCAUCUUUGAGCCACCAGUCCAUGAACAUGGUGAACGUGAACGUGGAGGGCGAGAGCAAAGAAACCGAGAACAUGCGCCUGAUGCUCCAGAACUUUACAAUCCUUCAAUACGGCAUUUCCGUUGGAUUUACAGGUACGCUCACCAUACUUGCUAUCCUAUGGUUUAAUCCGUCGACUUAUGUCAUGUGGUUUGGGUAUGAGAUAAAAUUUUGGUGUUGGGAUGAGCUUCCAUCGCUCUAUUUACUGGCCGAAAUGUUGUAUUUGUGA